AUGUCAAGUUCGAGUUUCAGCAGUGAAAAGGUCGACUUCGAUACAUAUAUUAUCGACAGCAAUUAUGAGAAGAUCAAUCCUUCAAUAACAAAUGAACAAAAUGAAAUUCUUUCCAUUACAAAACGAUCAAAAUCAUUAUUAUCAUCAAUCACAUCAUCGAUUGCAAAUGAUGAUCAAGAGCUGAUGAAUAACGAACGUGUACAGAACGACGACGACGACGAUGAUGAUGAUGAAGAGAAUUUUAUUGAACUUAACAAGACUCAAAUUUCUAAACAACACAUACAAACGCAUACCGAUGAUGUGACAUCAUUGCCGAAUUCGGAAGAAUUUCAAUGUUCGUCGCAUAGUCAUGAUUCAUUUCUUCCUUCGGAUCAGCAAAUGGACACGGCCACAUCAUCCACCGAUGAUCUAACCAAAACCAAUCAAUUCUUUUCAUCAAAUUUCUAUUCGAAAGAUUCCGCACUGGAUUUAUCUGAUGACAAUUUUCAUCGACCGCCAAUAUCGGAUAAUGACGAUGACCAAGAACGAAUUGUCCCAUUGAACAAACUUCAAGAUAAAACAGUCGAUUUGGAUAGUUACAUUGACGAUGAAACCAUGCAAAACAAUGAUACAAUGAUCUGUAUCAAUGAUGAAUUGUAUUCCACGGAAGAUGAGAAGAGCGUCCAUCGAACCAUCUCAUCCAGUUCUUCGGAACAUCUCAUACCAAAAGAAAAACAAACUGGCAUGUAUUAUAAAGCUUUUGGGAGUUCUGCUGCUCUUCAUCUUGCUGAACAGUAUCGUUGUGAAUGGUUGGAAGACAAUUCGCCCUCGUCGGUAAAUGUUGAUAAACCAGCCGAGAACGAUAACAAUUCACCUCGUAUUGUUCAUCAAACACAAACCAUCGGUGAUAAUGAAGACGAAUUUUACUAUUCACCCCAAAUUUUACACUCGUCUGGCUCAUGUCCAAAUUUAGUUUUGAAAUCUAACGAACCAUCUAUGCACCGACGCUCCUACUCCCUGACAACGCUUGAUGCAUAUGCUCAUCUCAAUAUCACACAUGAAACGCUAGAACAAAUGUGGCUAUCUUUGCUGGAUGUAACAUUCAGCGAAAAAGAUGAAGGUGAUCUGGAUGAUUAUAAACUUCGACAUAUUAUCAGUUUAUCGAGUUCUUAUUCGAAUAUGAAUCAAUUGAUGAUGGAAAAAUCGCGUAGUCACAACGAUAUUUUUUCAACUGUCGAAAAGAAAUCGAUUAGCAAAUCAAGAUCGAAAUCAUUCGAUAUCACGUCCUUAUUAAAACAAUCGUCAUCAAUCAGAAAUUCCGCUAAUCUCGGUCUUCUCCAAGGUGCGGACAUCUCUGAACCAUUUGCUGAUCGUGUCAUUUCAACAUCGGUACAAUCCGAUCUUGAAAGUAUACAGUCAUUAGAAGCUGAACAAAUUCUUAAUGAAGUCCCUCCCUCUCCCACACCAUCACCACCACCGUCAACACAGGCAACAUCGUCGUCAUCCACAUCAAUAAUCAAAGAACCAUUAAAUUAUGUUUUUAAUUUUUCACAAUUGCAACAUGAACAAUUAACGAAUGAUGAAUAUGAUUUAGAAUCUAUAUUCGAAAUUGAAAACAAGCCUCUAAGCAUAUCGAUUACGUUUGAUAAAGACGAUAUUCCCGAUGUCAUGCAGAUCGAAGAUACAUAUUUAGAAUUAGCUAAGUUUCGACCACAUUCUCUCUCGACAAUACCAAGUUCACGCGCCAGUCAAUAUGCGUCCAGUAUUGACAGUGAUGAUAUAUUCGAACAAGAACAUCAGCUGAAUAAGGGAAGUUCGGAAGAAAACUAUCCGUACCAUAUAAGUGAUGAUGAUCACGGAAUGAUUGGUUCGGAGUUUUCAUCACCACGUUCGAGACCGCUUUCAUCAAUACAUAGUCGACCCUUAUCACCUGAUCAAAGUCAACAAGUGAAAUCGAUGCAUUUCUGUGAUGCUGAUAAUCAAAUCUGGGAGCAAUCGAUGAAUGCACCAACUUUGUCUGACAAUUUAACAUCGAUUAUUCCUAUACAAUCAUUUGAUUAUGAACCAACAUAUGUAAUCGAUCAGAUCGAACCAGCAGCAUCCUACAAGGAAAAUCUCGAUUCGACGAGUUUCAUUCAACAAACUGAUCAGACAGUCGUUCAUCCACUCGUUCAGGAAGAUUAUAUCACAAUCGAUCAAGAGUUCGAUAUCAAUCUAGAUGCUGAUGAUCUUGCUGAUCGUUUAGCACAUUUAGAUCAUUCAGCUAACAAAACUCUUGUUCAUCAACAAGAAGAAGUUAUUAAUAUUCACAUAUUUGAUAAAGCUGAACCGAAUCCAACGUGUAAUAUAGAAAAUUUAACUUCAAUUGUCGAUGAAAUUCGUCAACUCGAUCGUAUCAAAUCUUCAACAGAGAAACUUCUCUCACAACAAUCGAUUCAUCCCGAAAACAAACAACCCGUCUCCGCGAUGAAACCUUCUACUAUUCAUUGCAAACCUCAACGAAUUGAUAAAGUAUCCGAUUUAGAGAUCAUGAAGCAAGGCAAAGGUUUCAAAAUUGGUUACGUCGAUCGACAAGGUACGGAUCAACGAGUCAUAUUAACCAAACGAAUCGAAGCCGGACCUGACGUUAUGGAACGUGAUCCACAUAUACGUUUACCUUUUAAAGGACAACGUUUGUUAAAUCAAAUCUUUAGUUCAGUAUUGUUUACAAAUGGUUAUAAUGCUUUACAAGAAGAUGAACAAUUCCAGCAUACGAAUGGAGGAAUUGAAAUACCAAUUAUAGGAACAAAUCCUAAACAUUUCGAUGAAUCUGAUAUGAUCUCGAUCGAUAUCGAUGGUCCGUCAACCAUGCUUAAUUCGAUAUGUGAAUCUAUUGUUAUAACUCAAGGAUCUGUUUACUCAAAUAAUACUCUUCAGCCCGAAUCAGAAAAGCCUAUCACUCAAUCGAUAUCGAAUCAACAUCGCGAACAUUAUCGAACGACUUGUCCGGGAAAGAAAGAUAAAGUCGAAGUUAUCGAUUCUUGGCGUGAUCAUACAAUCAUCAAUGGGAGUAGUACACCGUGGCGUAGUCCAUUCAAACCUACGAAGAAAAUUCAAUCCACCAUCGACAGUCUGACAUGUUCACAUGAUCAAAGUCAAGUAACAUCCACCAAGGAAAUUGCUCUUUCACCCAUUCCAUCGACUUCAGAGAAACUCUUUCAGACAACAGGCACAUCGCCCAUUACAAUACGUCAAACAGUUGACCGCUCGUGCCAAUAUAGUCCACCAACGAAAUACGAUCGAAGUUUACAACGCUAUGUGGAAACAGUUACAUCCUACACCCAAGUAUCUCCUUAUCAAAUACCCGGUUUUAUGAAAACACAAAAUGGAACACAAACCCAUGCGAUGCUACCACCCGCACCACCACAACCAGCAGUAUUGGAGCGUAGUGCUGAUUCUGGCAUUCUUGUUGAUGAUAAUCUCCGAAUGAAAACAAGUAUUGCUUUACAAGUCGAUCAAAAAGAUUCCUCGUCCGAUAGUGAAGAUGCAUCGGAGAUCACCACACGGCCACUCAUUCGUCAGACGUCGCCAGAUGGUAAUGAACCAUUCGAAAAUUCAACCAUCAAUAAUGUGAAUAUGAGCACAUCACCAAAUGACAUUGAACAAGAAAUUUCACAAUUAUAUCGUGAAAGGGCACAUAUACUUGAUUUACUUUCAUUGAAUUGGAAUCGAUCGAAUAUUUGGGUUGAAUUAACCGAGGCCAAGUUGAAUUAUAUAAUUGGAGAAACAGAUGCUCUGCUUCGUGCACUUUCAUUCGACACCGCAGCUGUCGAUAAUGAAACUGUUAAAUUAAAAAUGCAACAAUAUGAAGAAGAUAUGGCUGAACUAACUCGCCAACAUCUCGUUGUUUAUCGUCAGCGGCUCGAAGCAUCGAAAAAGCAAUUAGAUAUGAAGAUUGAUCAAUUGGAGUCGAAGAGAUCUUCACUAGAGACUCAUCCAACACAACGAACAACAAUGAUGACAGCUAGUUUCGAACAUACACCGCGUAUGAUAACGAAUCGACGAUUACAAUCAUUCUUAAGUACAAGUGCAGAAAACUUGACAACACAAGCCAAUCAAGAGAACAUUGCCAGUCAUCCUCAAUUACUCGAUGUUUCAUUCCUAACAUCAAUUCCCGCGAAACCAGCAGGACUUCCUCCACGUUUUCCUGACUAUCGAACAAACACAAAUGAGAUGAUUCGAACUAUUCAUCGACCAACACCACGCUAUCCAACUUCGAAUACUUCUAAUUAUGAAACUAAACUGACGAAUGGCAAUCUUUCACAUAUGGAAGGUCUAAGUAAAAGUCAACAGGCGAUUCUGGAUGAAACAGAUAAACUAGUGAAAGAUUCUCAACAAUUGCAUACGGAAUCCGCAUCACAAUUCGAACGUGCAAGAGAAAGUCUUUUAUCAAGUGAAACAUCAAUUCGAUUAGCACGGGCAAAUAUGGCUGCCUCACGUUUGGAAUCUUAUUCAGGAAUGAAAACGUAUCUACCAACGGAUGUUACUCUUGCCGAACUUUUUAAAUAUGAACAGUCAUUAGCAAAAGAAACAGCGAAGUCGAAUCGACCCAUCUAUCCAUCAACUAAAACCAUAACUAAAUUAUAA